AUGUCCGAAUCUCCUCCGCCUCCUCCCUCGUGGAGCAUCGGCAAUAUGGCCAACAGCGCCAUACAAUUCAUGCGACUCCCCGUUCUGGCAUCAUCGGGGCUGGCUGUGGUUGCCAGCGGCCUUCUCUAUUUCAAGCAAAAUGAGCUGAUUUAUCCCCGGAACGUCCCUGUCGAUGCCCGUACGAAUGUCCCAAGCCCGAAAGAUUUCGGCAUUACCGACUUUGAAGACCUGCAGAUCCCCACUCCGGACGGGGAGUCGUUGCAUGCUUUUUUCCUCCGACCACGGCAGAGUCGCUACAACCUCGAUUUGACCGUGUUGAUGUUUCACGGAAAUGCCGGCAAUAUCGGCCACCGCGUGCCCAUCGCCAAGGCUCUCCAAGACACUCUGCGGUGCAAUGUGCUGCUGCUGGAAUACCGUGGUUACGGCCUGUCGACCGGGGUUCCGGACGAGACGGGCCUAAAGAUCGACGCGCAGACCGGCCUGGACUAUAUCCGGCAGCGCCCCGAGACCAAAGAUACUACCGUUGUUGUCUAUGGACAGAGCCUAGGUGGCGCGGUGGCUAUCAACUUGGUUGCCGCAAACCAGGACUCAGGUGAUAUCGGCGGAUUGAUCUUGGAAAACACUUUCUUGAGUAUUCGGAAAUUGAUUCCCUCGGUCUUUCCUCCUGCGCGAUAUGUGGCGCGUCUCUGCCACCAAUACUGGGCUAGUGAGGACGUUUUGCCUAGGGUCACCGAGGUGCCUAUUCUCUUCCUGAGCGGACUAAAAGACGAGCUUGUCCCACCGUCAAACAUGACCCAGUUGUUUGCAAUCUGCCAGUCAGACCGCAAGGUGUGGCGCGCCCUGCCGAACGGAGGCCACAACGACUCCGUUGCUGAACCCGGCUACUUCGAACAUAUCAUUUCCUUCGUCACAGAAGAAGUCCUGGGCGAUAAAAAGUAA